AAAUAUUAUAUAUAAAAAUGUCUAACCCUAAGGUCUUCUUCGAUGUCUCUGCUAACGGUGAACCUCUUGGCCGUAUCGUUAUGGAAUUGAGAGCUGAUGUUGUUCCCAAGACUGCUGAAAACUUCCGUGCUCUCUGUACUGGUGAAAAGGGUUAUGGUUACAAGGGUUGUACUUUCCACCGUGUUAUUCCUGAUUUCAUGCUUCAAGGUGGUGACUUUACUAACCACAAUGGUACUGGUGGUAAGUCUAUCUAUGGUGCUAAGUUUGCUGAUGAAAACUUCUCUCUUAAGCACACUGGUCCCGGUAACCUUUCUAUGGCCAAUGCUGGUCCUAACACUAACGGUUCUCAAUUCUUCAUUACCACCGUUAAGACCACUUGGUUGGAUGGAAAGCACGUUGUCUUUGGUCAAGUCACUGAAGGUAUGGAUGUUGUUAGCAAGAUUGAAUCUUUCGGUACUGGUUCUGGUCGCACUACCAAGAAGAUUGUUAUUGAUAACUGUGGUCAACUUUAAAUAAAUAAAGCCAUGCUUAAACAAUAAUUUUUUUUUUUCUUUAAAAAAAUAAAAUAAAAUAAAAUUUUCGUAUUACGCGUUCUUUUAUAUUCACAUAUAAA